UGUUAGCCCACAGAAGGACAACUUUGGAAUUCUGGUGUGAAGCUGAAACUCCUGAGGGUGGAGGAAGACUUGCCGGGCCAGCAUGGCAUCUGUGAUGAACUCAGCGUGCCUCCUCUUCUUGCCUGUUGCUCUGCUGCUGAUGUUGAGCCAGUGUCCUGCCGCUGCAUAUUCAGCCAGAAGGUGUCACUCCAUCUAUAAAGGAUUUGCUCGGUGUUUGAUGGCCCUUGGCGACAGCCUGACAGACAAUGCCCGCAAGGAUGAAGACACACAUGAGAUUCACUCCAUCUGCAGAUCCUGGGAUGAGUUUCAUAACUGUGCAAACGUAGCAAUGGCUGGCUGUCCUGAUGAAGCAGCAGCUGUUUGGGAAUCUCUCCGGCAAGAAUCUAAGAAGAUGCAGUUUUCUGGAAACCUCUAUGAUAUGUGCUCCAACCGCAACAACCAUCCUGUGCCCUCAGUCUCCCCACGUGGCUCACCCAAUCAGGAAGAGAUCAACCAGGAGUCUCUAAGGGGGCAUGCUGAUCUUCGAGCACACAGCCUCCACCUUCUGGUGCUACUGUCUCCUCUACUGAUGCUGUUGUUUUGUAUAUAACUACCCCAGAGAAAUGGGACUAGUGUGAAUAUAUAUAAACUUUGUGUAUUUUUCCUUCCACAGUUCCAUAGACAUUCAGCUCUUUUUGUUCCCUCUGCUUUGCCAGGGGCUGGAUAUUUCUAACUGCAUGCUCAGAGGCCCAGCAGUCUUUUUGGUAAUGUAUCUUUAAACUGCCUGCGCCAUGUCAUGCAUAUUCUCGGCCUUUUAAUUAGUCUCUGUGUUGGAAACACAAACUUCACACAGAUGUACAUGCUCCAGUACAAACCGGCUUUCAAACACGUAUACAGUGAAAGGGAAUACAGCAGCCCCAUACAGCCUGUCUUUAC